AUGCAACGGAUAAUGGGAAACAUAAGCGUGGAACAGAACGAUCCAUGCUUAUUUCGGCUGGCUGCUGCUUUUUCAUCUGAUCAGAUAGAUUGCAUUUGUGAAGCACUCUAUCAAGCUCGUGAUGGAGCAAAGUUAUUAGAAUUAUUUGAACCUAAUGCACAUAAUGUUAUGUUUUACCGGUGUCGGUACUAUUCAAGUUCUGUUCUUCGUGCUUACCUUUAUGCGCUUUAUUACGGUAAACGUUAUGAGGAACUGUUUCAGACGAUAGCAUCGAAUACGUUCGAACAACGAUUUUAUAGUGAAUUGCAAGAUUUAUGGUAUAAGGCACGUUAUGCUGAGAAUGAAGAACGACGACAAAAGGAGUUGGGUGCUGUAGAGAAGUAUCGUUUGAGAAAGAAACAUCCACCACCUCGAUCAAUCUGGGACGGGCAGGAAACUAUUUACAGCUUUAAGGAAAACGCUAGAAAGUUAUGA